GUGGUUUUAAUAGGAAACUAAUUUACAUACCUUUUCCUGUUUCUGGCCUUACUUUAGCAAGAGAUAUACAUACAAAUCGCAUUAAUAUUUUAUAUAGGCUACGACGAAAUGGCAGAUAAAGUCUUGGAACAACUUCGGAUUCAACUGAAGGAUGGUUUGACUGAGGCCGUCAUCAAAAAUUUGUUGGAUGAUCUUCAGGACAAGAAGGUCUUAGGAAAUGAGGAGAUUGAAGAAAUAGUGCAGAAGACCAAAACACGAGCUGAUCAAGCUCGAGAUCUGAUUGAUGGUGUGCGUAGAAAGGGGAGAAAAGCAAGUGAAAUUAUGUUAACAUGCUUGAAGGACAGAGACAACUAUCUUUACAAAAACCUGAACAUAGACCAUUUAGCAAUUCCUGAAAGAGGAGCGACCUCCAGUCCACCAACACCACAAAGUACAACAGACAAACAAAAUGAUAUGAUCUAUGGAGAUGAGGUGUACAACAUGGACAGUUAUCCACGUGGACUGUGUGUAAUUAUUAAUAACGAGAAAUUUGCAGACCGAAAAGAACGAAAGGGAUCCCAAAAAGAUGUUGAUUCUCUGAAGGCCUUAUUUGAUUUUUUGGGCUUUCUGGUUGAAGUUGAGACAGACAAAACUGCAGAUGAAAUAAGAGCCCUCAUGGCCAAAUACAGUAAUGAUGGUCCUCAUGGAGACUGCUUUGUCUGUUGUGUACUGAGUCAUGGUGAUGAGACUGGUGUCGUGGGAUUUGAUGGGCAAAUAUGUCCACUGAAUGACAUCACCUCCCCAUUUGAUGGAGUCAACUGUCCUGCUCUUAUUGGCAAACCGAAAGUCUUCUUUAUCCAGGCAUGCAGAGGAUGUGAAAUGCAGAGUAAAGUGGUUGCAGAUGGAGCUGGUCCCAGUCGUAACCAAAAAUCUGGCAAAGUAUACAGCAUUGCCAAAGAUUCAGAUUUUCUGAUUGCCCUGUCCACUGUGGAGGGAUAUAUGUCAAUCCGUGAUCCAUCCAGUGGAUCAUGGUUUAUACAGUCCCUUUGCGAGCAUUUAAAAAAAGGAAGUGAACAAGGCCAGGACAUCUUGAGGAUCCUCACUAAUGUCAAUAACGAUGUAAGCCGUAAAGAGGGCAAAAUAAAAAUAAAUAAAGAUACAGUAGAUGCAAAGAUGACCCCUCAGCCCAAAUUCACCUUGAGGAAGCUUCUUAUUUUAAAACCACCAAAGGCUGUUCCCAGAGUCCUGUAUCAAGGCACCUCAGAGGGAAGUCUGUGGGAAGGAAAAAGUGUGGCAAAAAACGGUGCACAAUGAGAAGAGGUGACCGGACCCUGAGGAAGAUUGUGGAGAAGGACCGAUUCCAGACCUUGGGGGACCUGCAGAAGCAGUGGACUGAGUCUGGAGUUUAAACAUCCAGAGCCACCGUGCACAGGUGUGUGCAGGAAAUGGGCUACAGGUGCCGCAUUCCCCAGGUCAAGCCACUUCUGAACCAGAAACAGCGGCAGAAGCGCCUGACCUGGGCUACAGAGAAGCAGCACUGGACUGUUGCUCCGUGGUCCAAAUUACUUUUUUUCGGAUGAAAGCAAAUUUUGCAUGUCAUUUGGAAAUCAAGGCUGGAGGAAGACUGGGGAGAAGGAAAUGCCAAAAUGCCUGAAGUCCAGUGUCAAGUACCCACUGUCAAUGAUGGUCUGGGGUGCCGCUGGUGUUGGUCCACUGUGUUUUAUCAAGGGCAGGGUCAAUGCAGCUAGCUAUCAGGAGAUUUUGGAGCACUUCAUGCUUCCAUCUGCUGAAAAGCUUUACCACUGGUAAAUGGUUUACUGACCAUGGUAUAACUGUGCUCAAUUGGCCUGCCAACUUUCCUGACCUGAACCCCAUUGAGAAUCUGUGGGAUAUUGUGAAGAGAAAGUUGAGAGACGCAAGACCCAACACUAUGGAUGAGCUUAAGGACGCUAUCGAAGCAUCCUGGGCCUCCAUAGCACCUCAGCAGUGCCACAGGCUGAUUGCCUCCAUGCCACGCCGCAUUGAAGCAGUCAUUUCUGCAGAAGGAUUCCCGACCAAGUAUUGAGUGCAUAACUGAACAUAAUUAUUUGAAGGUUGACUUUUUUUUUUUUUGUAUUAAAAACUUUUCUUUUAUUGGUCGGAUGAAAUAUGCAAAUUUUUUGAGAUAGGAGUUUUGGGUUUUCAUGAGCUGUAUGCCAAAAUCAUCAGUAUUUAACAGGUAAAAGACCUGAAAUAUUUCAGUUGGUGUGCAAAGAAUCUAAAAUAUAUGAACAUUUAAUUUCUAUCAUUACAUUAUGGAAAAUAAUGAACUUUUAUCACAAUAUGCUAAUUUUUUUAGAAGGACCUUUAAUGUGUUAAAAUCUGAAACAUUAACAACUAAAUAUUGUUCUGUUGCAGACCUGCAUCUUCUUAAACUAAAAUUUCUAUGUUUUAUAAUUAAACCAAGCCUAACAGACUUGUGAUUUCUGUAAUGUUUGUUAAAUAUUUAACAACUAUAGCUCUCUA